AAAAAAAUGAAAAUAAUUGUAGCAAGUGAGUUUUAGGCUUUGGUAAAUACAUAUUUGGUGUGAUUGUCCCAAAUCAAACCAGACAUCUUUUAUAAAUAUGUAAUUCGCCAGGAGUUAGAUGCCUGAGUGUGUGUGCGCGUGUCUCUCUCCACAGAGGGGAGACUCGCGCCUGUGUGCGUGUGCUCAGGUGUAUAGAUGGGGGUUGGUAUAUGACGUCAACGGAGACCCAACGCAAGGUGCCAAAACAAAGUGGAAUAACGACAGACAGUCCCCCUCGCGCGCUGCAUUUCGAUGCCUCCUCGCGUUUAUUCUCCUCGACGUUUCUCGCGACCGACACAACACAACAACACGCGCUCAUUAUUAGGGUUUGUUCUCACGAGCGUCUUCCUUCAUUAGUGCAGCUGCAGCAGCUUUUAUUGGCUCCCCCCUGCGCGCUGUCGGUCACGCGCGCACACGUGCACAUACGCACACUCUUUACCCGCCGAGCAUCACAAGAGGCAAGAAGCGAAAACGGUGUCGGCGAGGAGGGCGACGGACGUACGCUUUGACUUUGGUUGCUUAUUCUGCCGUGACACCGGAGAGGCUCAGGAUGGAGAUGGAGAUGGAGCGAGUAGAAGAGAAGCACUGAGCCGGUCCGUUGGACAGAAGACACGGGAAGAAAGCAGGAGGUGUGUACGGUACCGCUGAAUCCGGACUAGAUGAUGCUGAUUUGCCGCAGGCCCCGCCAUCGUGAAACUGGAUACCGACUUACCGCGGCGGAUGGGGUGACCGAGCUCGCUGCUCCGCCGGGCAGGAGGUCCCUGCCUUCGGACGUUACCGGGGCUGGAGCUGCCUGUGCCCGGUUCUAAGGAAGGAAGGGAAGGAGUGGCAAAGAGGGGAAAAUGCAGACGGAGGAGGAGACGGCCACCGCAGAAGAGCCCAUCUUGGAGGAAGGGUCAGGACGAGAGCAGCAACGGCCGGUCCAACAGUCUCUGGCCUCCUCCCUGUGUCGGGAGUCCCAUUGGAAGUGCCUCCUCCUGACCCUCCUCAUGUACGGCUGCUUCGCCACGCUCGCCUGGUGCGCCCUCUGUCGCGUGCCCGUCCUCGGCUCCUCCUCCUCCGUACCUCUCGGUGCUGACGACGACGCCACCUCGGCCGCCUACUACAAUGACAUCCUGCACCUGGAGAGCCCGUGCUCCAGCGGCUACGUCUACAUCCCCCUGGCCUUCCUGGCAAUGCUGUAUGUGGUUUAUCUGGUGGAGUGCUGGCACUGCUUCUCCAAGACGGCCAUGUUGGCUCAUGCUGAAUUCCAGGAAGUGUUCGAGCGUGUGCAGAGGCUUCAGCAGGCCACGCCCUGCAUUUGGUGGAAGGCCAUCAGCUAUCACUACGUGAGGAGGACCAGACAGGUGACGAGAUACCGCAACGGAGAUGCAUACACGACCACACAGGUCUACCACGAGCGGGUGAACACUCAUGCCUCCAGCUCAGAGUUUGACUACGCCCGCUACGGUGUCAAAGACGUAUCAAAGGAGCUGCUGGACCUGCAGCUCCACCCUGCUGUUCGCCUCCGUUUCACCAAGUGUUUCAGCUUCUCCAGUGCACGUGCUGAGGCUGCCUACCUCACCCAGCGAGCGCGCUUCUUCGGGGAGAACGAGGGCCUUGACGACUACAUGGAGGCGAGGGAGGGAAUGCACCUGAAGAACGUGGAUUUCCGCGAACACAUCCUGGCGUUCCCAGAUCCCCUUCACCAGCCCUGGUUCUCCAGGCACAGGGUGUUCUGGCUGGCUUCCGCUUUCCUCCUGUCGUGGCCGCUGCGGGUCGUGUCAGAAUAUCGCACGGCGUACGUCCACUACCAUGUAGAGAAGCUGUUCGGGGAGGACGAGGACGGCGGCGGAGGAGGUCCGGGUGGAGGAGGAAGAGGGGACGGGGUUGAAGGAGGGACUGAGAAUGGGAUCCACCCUGGGAUUGGUCUAAGUGGGACGAGUUACAGAGCCAUCUCUCGGGUCAACACGGUGGACAUGACAGAAUUGGAGUGGCACAUCCGCUGUAACCAACAGAUGGUCCCGAGCUACUCUGAAGCCCUCCUUAUGGACUUGGACAUGAGUGGGGGGACAAACCCCACCGCCUCUACGCCCAUCUCUGGGCCGACAAGCUCCACCCCCAGCCAGGGGCCCAACCCGCCUCCUCUAGCUCUGCCUGUUGUGUUCAACUCGGCUUACCUCCUCCAGAGCUGCCCCCGGUGCCGGAGGACCACGUCAAGUUCAAGUCUUCCUUCCAGGCUGAGGGCCCCCAUGGGAACCACAGCCCUCCUGAACGCUACCGUGGCAGGGAUCAGGGCCGUGGGGCAGGGAGGCGGGGGUAUAGGAGGAAGGUUGGUGCUCAGUCGGAGCGGAUUCUCUCUAGGGAGACUCGGAGGAGGGCGCCAGAACAGCCUGUUUCAUUCAAGAAGCAUGGGAGGAGGGCUGGGAGGAAGUAGGGAAGAUGGAGGAGGAAGUGCAGGAGGAGGCGGAGGCGGGGGAGGUAGUGGAGGCGGAGGAGGUGGAGGUGGAGGAUUCCUUGGUUUAGGUUCAAGGCAGGACAACGAAGAGACCAGAGGAGUGCUAGAAGGAGAAGGGGACGACGACGAGGAAGAGGAGCAGGAGGAGGAGGAGGUGAGAAGAAGGGAACAGGGAAGAGAGAGGGAUGAAGAAGCAGAGCAAGACAGCGGAGGAGGGGGAGUCGAGGCGAGGGAGGGCGACGGGGCAGGGAGGGACCGUCCUCCAUCCUACCAGGACGCAUUCUUCUUCCCCGUCCUCAUUAUACACGGAGAGGAGAGCUGCCACGCCGGAGACGACAUGUGACGAUCAGACAAAAUAAACACGCUGAGAGCAAGACAGUCUGGGCUGAGGCCGAGGGAGAUGAAAGAACACAAAGAUAAGAGUGGAUCAGAGAGGAAGUAGAGGAGGGAAAAUGAGAUAAUGGCGGACAUGAAGAAUGAAUGAAAUGAGAGCAGAAUGAGGCUGAAAGUAAAGAGUUGGUAGAUGGCAGAAAGAAGAAAGGAUUCAGUCAGAACAAAGCAUAAGAGGUAAGAACAGCAGUGUGACAGACAGAGGGGUAGCGGUGGUGAUGGAUAGACGUAUGAUGGAGUUGAAAGGGAAAAGAGAAUAAGAAGUGGGCGAGUGCAUACUGUAAAAAAGCCAGAAAACACACUGGCUCAGAAGGAGAUGAUAGGGAGUCUGAGAAUAUGAGCGAAGGCAAGAAAAUCCAUAAAAUUGUAGUUUUUGCUACACAGAUAGAGAUCGUGAGAGAGAGAGAGAGAGAGAGAUUGAGGGACAGAUCGAAUACUUAGGAGGAACUGGAAGACUGAAAACAUGGGAAUGUCUAUUUCCAGAUAUAUCUAUGCAAGAACAGGAGGGGGAGGAGUAACAAGUCUAAAGAUAGCAGAUCGGAGAGCAGGCGGAGAGACUCCAAACCAGCUGAGUGGUAGUGGGUAUUUUUUCCAAAACGAAGCAGAAGCGGAGGAGUUGCAAAAAAGGGUAUUUCGAAGGCUCGAAGCUUUGCUAAAAUCAAAAUAGGCGAACUAAAAACAAUGGCUCAUUAACAAGAUGAAAUGCAGAAAGAGGAGAUCCUAAAUAUUUCAGUUGAGAGAAGAAGCAGAUGAGAUCACAAAGGAUUACAAAAUGCAAUGUAGAGAAGUAGAGAAACGAUGCUUUUGGCAAGGUAAAAUGUAUUAAAAAAAAAAAUGGCAAGGAAGGAGAGUAGAAAAUCCAAGUAGAAUAGAAAACUGACUGCCCAGAUUACCCUAAAUCUUGUUUUCCAAAAAAGAUUAAACUCAAGAGGAGGAGAGAAAAUACAGGAUUUUUAUCACAGAGACCAAACAGCCUCUGAGCAGCAAUCCUGACCUUAAAUCUAAUCAAAUAACAUUCAAAUAGUUUUCAAACAGCUACCGACGAGGUCUCUCUCAGAUUUACUCUACAACUUCACACAGCAUGUGGCCAGCAACCGUAACAGUAUAAUAAAAGAGGAGCAACAUUGAUUUCCUCCCUCCCUCUCUCCGUCUUACUCCUCACUUCACCAUUAGCUUCCGCACCACUCUCUAUCCAUUACUGAUAUGGAGCUGAUAGGAAAAAAACUCGAUUGCUUCCUUCCUCCACUUCUCGGCUCCUCUUUUCUCCUUCUCUGCUCUCCUCCCCUCCAUUUUGUCACCUCUUCUGUUCUCCUUCUUUCCUUCCUCACCUCUCUCUGCACUGACAACCAUAAGUUACAAGUGCAGAGGUGUAAUUCUGAUCAACACGUCUGUGUCAUCUAUCUCAUCUUAUUUUUAUACAAUUAGCACAUGAUGUGUUAUAAGUGAGAGGGCGUUGCACCAAAAUAGAUUCAUCCAUCGUUAACUUCUCCCUCCUCUAUUCCUCUGCCAUCUUCUCUCACUUCCGCUCCUCCCUUUUCCUCUUUUUUUAAAGUGGUGGUUACACCUCUCUCUGCUCCUCAGAUCAGAUUUCAUCUCUCGCUCACGCCACAUAUCACAUCUCCUCUCGUCGGAGGUUUCUUUUCCAGGAUCAGAUUUUCUGAACCAGAUAUAUGAAGUUUAUUUUAUGACCUCUCGAAAAAGAAUGAACAAAAAAUGUGGGCACUUUGAUCAGUGAAAUUACCCAAUGCGUAGUGGAGCAAAAGACAAAAUUGGCCUUUUCAAAGAAAAGGUUGUUAACACAGGGAGUGAUUUUCAUACAAAAUAAGAGUAACAUUUUUAGCGAAUUUCCACCAAUUAUGCCUGUGUAGUCUAGUUUUAAACAUUUGUACCCAAAGAUAGCCUUGCGCAAUAUGAAGAAAAAAUAAACGGUAACCGAUAAACCUUCCACCAAUAUCAAUAUACUAUAUAUCACAAUACUGUAUGUGUUUUAGGCAUGAAAAACCACCUCUUUAUCUCAUUUAUGUCCAAAAUAUCGGACUGCAUGGGAAGUAAAACUUGAGCAGUCGAGCUCAGCUGGCGUUCUCCUAAUAAA